UAAACUUUUAAGUUACACUAAAGUUGAAAUACUUGAUUGUACAUUGUUAGAAAAAAUAAUAUGUUUAAAAUUGUACCACUUUACCUUAUAUGAAAAAAAGAUUGCUUUGCGUUAAUGACAAUAAUGCACUGUGACUUAUAGGCUGGAAUAAAAGAUCCAGAGAUGUUCAGGCAAGUAAAAAUCAUCGCAUUAGAGAUAGGAUACUUGGCUCAAGUUCAAGACGAUUAUUUAGAUUGCUUUGGGGAUACCGAGAUCUUUGGCAAAGAUGGCACUGAUAUACAGAACGGGAAAUGUGCGUGGCUGAUUGUUGUAGCUCUUCAACACGCCACUCCGGAACAACGUAAAAUUUUAGAAGAAUGUUAUGGAGUUGCGGAUCCGGAGAAAGUGAAACGUAUACAAGAAAUCUUCAAUGAUUUAGAUUUGCCCAAGAUUUAUUCCAUAUACGAAGAAGAGAAAUACAAUAUGAUAAAUGCACGCAUACAGCAAAUAUCAUGCGGACUUCCACACAGUAUUUUCUUCAAUUUAUUAGGAAAGAUUUACCGCAGGGUGUCAUAAAAGCAAAAUCAUCUAUAUUGAAGAAAUAAAUUAAUUGCAUUAAUAUAUUAUUGUUAUAGAUUUUAAAGUUAGAAUAAAAUAAACCAAAACGUUCUGCCUUUCCUAAAAUAUCAAAUAUCAUGUAUUAUUUUUAUAUCUUUAAAGGGGGAAGUAACAACACUUUUUAUAAAUUUUAUGUACAGAAAGAUUCCAUAAUGCAUUCCAUAAUGCCUUUCCUUAUAAUGCAUUUGUUGGUUUAUGAAAAAAUAAAUAGUAGUAAAAAAACUUUUUUUAUAUUCUUAGGAACAACGUUUUUGUAUUUUGUAAUUUCCUGGUGCUUGCAAUUAUUUAUUAAGUAUUUGUACGAAACAAUGUAUGUACUACUGCUUUAUAUAGUGAAU